CUUCUCUCUCUCUCACAUUCUGUAUUGCUUUUUUCUCUGUGAACAAACAAAGUUGCUAUUCUCUCUCCCUCUCUCCAAACCGGGUUGGUGGAUAUAAAGAGAAUAUUGGGUGCAAGAAAAAUAAUGCUUAAAAAUUGUUUCUUUUUCCUUUCUUCUUAGAAGAGUCUGAUCUUUUCAUCUCCUAAACCCAGACCGUAAUUUGGAAUUGGGUUUACGGGGAAUUGGGUGAUAGCUAUGGCGCCAGGUCCUAUUGAGUCGGCAUUGCCGGAAUCAUCGUCGUCGUCGUCGUCGUCUUCCGGCGCUAACUCUGUUGUUGAGAGAUCUGUGGUUGAGGAUCUUCGUUUCAAGGAGCUGAGAGGUGUGCAAUGGCGCUUAAAUCUUGGGAUUUUGCCUCUUUCUUCUUCCAUUGAUGAUCUUCGCCGCGUCACAGCGGAUUGUCGACGAAGAUAUGCUAGAAUGAGAAGACGCCUUCUAGUUGAUCCACCUAAGGAUGGGAGUAGUUCUCCUGAUCUUGCCAUGGACAAUCCUCUGUCCCAGAACCCAGAAAGCACCUGGGGUCGCUUCUUUCGGAAUGCUGAGCUGGAGAAAAUGGUUGACCAGGAUUUAUCACGUUUGUACCCAGAACAUGGAAGCUACUUCCAAACACCAGGAUGUCAAGGCAUGCUGAGAAGAAUCUUGUUAUUGUGGUGUCUCAGACAUCCAGAGUGUGGUUACAGACAAGGAAUGCAUGAACUCUUGGCUCCUCUUCUAUAUGUUCUUCAUGUUGACGUGGAGGGUCUAUCUCAAGUGCGAAAGCUAUAUGAAGAUCACUUCACUGAUAAAUUUGAUGAUCUAUCUUAUCAUGAAAAUGAUUCGACUUACAAUUUUGAUUUAAAAAACCUUCCUGAUUCCAUGGAAGAUGAGGAUAGCUUGCAGGGAGAUGCAUCAAAAGUUAAGAGUCUGGAUGAGCUUGAUCCCAAGAUACAGACCAUUGUAAUGCUCAGUGAUGCUUAUGGUGCUGAAGGUGAAUUGGGUAUUGUCUUAUCCGAGAAAUUUAUGGAACACGAUGCAUACUGCAUGUUUGAUGCGUUAAUGAGUGGGGUCAACGGUUCAGUUUCUAUGGCAGAAUUCUUCUCUCCCUCCCCUGCUGUUGGCUCUCAGACUAGCUUACCUCCUGUCAUUGAAGCAUCUGCUGCAUUGUAUCAUUUGCUGUCUCUUGUUGAUUCAUCUCUACACAGCCACCUUGUUGAGCUUGGUGUUGAACCCCAGUAUUUUGCACUCCGCUGGUUAAGGGUUUUAUUUGGACGUGAAUUUUCACUUGCAAAUCUAUUGAUAAUUUGGGAUGAGAUAUUUCUGUCUGAUAAUCGUAAAUUAGACAAAGGUGGUGAAGAUGAUGCAGGAUCCAGCUUUAGCAUCCUUAGUUCACCUCGAGGAGCAUUUAUUUCAGCCCUGGCAGUUUCCAUGUUACUUCAUUUGAGAUCUUCCCUUCUUGCCACAGAGAAUGCAACUGCAUGUCUUCAACGGUUACUAAACUUUCCUGAGAAUAUUGAUUUAAAGAAACUGAUACAGAAGGCAACAUCAUUGCAGGCUCUUGCUUUGGAGAACAAUAGCUCAUCCUCAUUUCCUUCAUAUAUGGGGCCAUAUGAGCACAGUAAAUCAAAGGCUGUGAGAAGUCAUAGUCUUUCAAUCGACUCCGUUUCUCCAAAAACUCCAUUAAGUUUGGUAAAUGAAAGCUACUGGGAAGAGAAGUGGAGAGUUCUGCACAGGGAAGAAGAACUUAGGCAAGAUAUUUUGAAACAACAGGUUCCCAGCCAGAAGAAGCGAUGGACUGAAAAAGUAAAAUUGAGCCUAUCUAGAUCAGAAUCUGCCCCAUCUCCAGCAAAAUGUGAGAGUGGCAAAAAGACCCCUAGGUUUGCUGUUAGACGAAAGUUGCUGGAAGACCUCUCGAGAGUGCUCAGCUCAGAGGAAGAUAUUGAGAAAUUAGGCACUCACAAAGACAAAGGCUCUUCAGAAGUUGUGGUUAACAAAGAAGAUGGUGUCAGUAAGGAUCUUACUUCUGCAAAUGAAGACAGAUGUUUGAAUGGAAGUCCAGCUAGUGAAGAGAACUCAUUUGUUGGCUCAUAUCCAGCAAGUCCUCUGAGUGGGGCAAAUGAUGAACCUGAAUCAGAGAAAAGUAGUGUUGGAUCAAACUUAUCCAUUGAUGAAAAUAAUGAUAAUCCAAAUGAUGAUAAUCCACAGUGUGUAUCAGAAGGCCCACCUCGUCCGGUUUCUGAUCCAGCUGAGGGUGUCUCUCAAGCAUCCGAGUGCAGCAAUCAUUCAACGGGGAAUUCAGUGACAGGAAAGGAACGAAAGCUUCUUUCUGGUAAAUUCCAGAGGUUUUGGAAGUUGGGAUGGAGUGCAGCUGGUGAAGGCACGUCCGAGAAAGGGGGCAACGCCCUUGACGCUACAAAAUCUAUCAGGAGUGAUGUUGGUCAGAAUGCAGCAAGCUCUUCUAUGGCUGAAGGGUUCAAUUCUGUAGUUAGCUGCAAAGGGGAAACUGUGGACCAGAAUAGGACGGGUACUUUGAGGAAUCUUGGGCAUUCUAUGCUUGAUCAUAUACAGGUAAUCGAGUCUGCUUUCCAGCAAGAUCGAGGUGUUCAAGUGGGAUCAGUCGAGAACUGUUCAAAAAAUACUUUAGUUGGCAAAGGACAAGUAACGGCCAUUGCAGCUCUCAAGGAGCUUCGGAAGAUCAGCAAUCUUUUGUCAGAAAUGUGAGGUCCGUUAUUCAUAGUCGACUGUAUAUACAUUUUGUAAUUAAUUCUUUUUAGUGCCAAAUAAAUUGAGUUGUAUCCGCCUUUUUCCUCUUCUGCUAUCCAAGUUUUGGCAUUGACAGACAGGUGUGUAAAUAUGAGUUUUUUGUAAUAACCUUAUGAAAGUAAAUGUAUGAUAACGCCAAAGUUUGUUCGAGUGGAAUAGAA